UGUUCACUGUCCAGUACCGGUAUGAUCUGAAUAGCAAGCUGUGCUGCAUGCAUGUGGCUUCAGGCAUGGUUUCGUGGACGGGGCAGCUAGUCCUGGUUUGAAACAUGGUCGAAGGAGACGGCAUUGCCUCCCAGGCACCUCUCCCGGCAGCCCCCAUGGCGCCGCCUGCAAACGCUCCCAGUUUCUUCGUUGCUCCUGCAAAGGAGGAGGCCCUGCUUGGGGGCAAGGCCCAGGAGGCGAGCAGUGGGCGCAAGACCGGGGGAAAAGAGGCAGUCCUGCAAGUGCUGCGCGAUAUGGGGGCAGAGCUGCUGCCGCUGAGCCGCAAGGAGGGGUAUGAGCCCCCUCCGGUUCUCCGUCGCUUUCGGCUCCAGCUGCAGCGGAAUGGGCCACGACUGCAUGCGGCUGUCACCCAGUGUGUCUGGGACUGCAGGGACUGGGUGGCAGCGGGCGGCACGCUCCGGAUCCUCCUGGCACUGACAGUAUUGAGCGUGGCUGGCGCGGCAGCUGCUGGCGCCACGCUAUUUGGGGCCAUUCUUGCUGUGGCGACAGCGAAUGCCAUGCUGGUGGCAUUUGUCCUCUGCCUCGCGGCGGCGUGCAGCUUUCUGGCCAUGUUCUUGGCUGCUCUAUCAGCAGUGUAUGUGGGGGUCCUUGUUAGCUCGGCGACAGUCAUUGGCUUCAUCACGAUUGUCGCCAUGUCGUCCGCAUUUGGGAUCUCAUUGAUUGUUGGUGGAUUCUACCUGGCGUACCAGGCUGCGAGCAUCGCCCUACAAUUUGUUUCUACAACGAAACCAAUUGUCGUUUCUAGUACCCUUGUGAAGCCUUCCUGAAGUGGAAGGUGGUGGUGAAUCCGGCAAGAGAGACAUGACCAUGUUCUUAGCAUCUUGAAGCGCGUAGCUAGCUUAGGGCACCAGCUCACAAGCUUGCAAGGACUGUUUCACCAGCGAUCAUGCUGUCUCUGGUCAACAUCCAUGUUGUUGAACAGUUUGUAAGUUAUACUUCUAAUCUAUUCGGGUACAUAAUUCAGAAGUACAACCUUGACAAUAGACAGUCACCUUCCAUCAUCUGUACAUCUAAACAAGUCGUAUUGCAGCAUUAGUCACAAGUAUGGACAUACCCUCGACCUCUGGCCUGCCCUACAAACGCGUUUGUUUGUUAGUAUUCGACUAGGGAAGAGGCUGGUUUUAACGUUUCGUGCAUUUGCUUGAUCCUGAUCGUAUGUACCAAUAUGUAUUGCGACUGAGCGCCAUCCUUCUCAAGGUUUGUCGACUUACCAAUCAAGGUUGUUUGUAGUCGCAGAACACGUUUCUAGGGACUUAGCCAAAGUAGAAGUAAGAUUUGCAAUUUAAUCAAAAAGCAGUAGGAAAGGCUUCAGAACUAACUACAGUGUAGUUAGUGAAGAUAUUUCAUCGAUUUGGACGCCAUCUCAAGCGUUGUGAUGGCGUCCCGGUUGUGUACCAAGCGUCCAUUUCUG